UAGCGGAGGGCAGCACUGCAGCAGACGAUAAGCGCACCGGAGGGGGAAGCCAGACGCCCAGAGUCAGAAGUGCAUAGCUCCGAGAAACCCGAUGGUGGGAAGUGCUGGAGCAGAUCCUCCAAACUUAAAGAAGUACGGCGUUCCUUCCUAUUCAGUCGCAUGGAUCCCACCAAAUGUUAUCAAAUCAGUGGCGAAUCAAACCAUUGGUGAAGCCUCUGACAACACCGACAGCUCCCCGCCUCAGCCACCCGAGCAGUUCGGCGAGCACUGCCUUGCGAUCACUGGUGGUGGUGGUGAAGGCAGCAGCGGCAUCCCCAAUGCUGUGUUGCUUGCACAUUUUGAUGUCGCAUCUAAUUCUCUGUCUGAUCAGCUAGUGGGCAGGCUUGGGACUGAUUCUGAGUUGCCUUAUAGAAUGGCACUUCACCCCGGUGGAGAUGGCCUUAUUUGUGCCAUGCCAAAGAGUUGCAGAUGGUUUGAAUGGAACCAAAACAAGAGUGCUGAAAGUCAUAAGUUAGGUCUGAAGGUUUCUGAUAAAGUACUCAGUGAGUUGGAGGAUGUUGGGCAGCAGUUAGCCCUGGCAUUUGACAAUGAUGGCACUAUGCUAGCUGUUGGUGGGGAGGACGGCAAUCUGAGGGUUUUCAAGUGGCCUAGUAUGGAAAUUAUUCUCAAUGAGACUAAAGCUUAUUCGACAGUAAAAGACUUACAUUUCAGCUCUGACGGUAAACUGCUCGUCUCUCUGGGAAGUGGUGGGCCGUGCAGAGUUUGGGAUGUUUCCUCCUCAAUGGUUCUAACUUCCAUAUCAAGUAAAAAUGGUGAAGUAUUUAGCUCUUGCAGAUUUUCUCAAAUUAAUGAUAGGACCCAGGUCUUGUAUAUUGCUGCCAUGACAGACAAAGGUGGAAGCAUACUGACAUGGGAUGCAAAGACUGGGGCAAGGAUUGGCUCAAAGCAUAUUAUUCGUGAUGCAAUCUCUGCGUUCAAUGUCUCAACUGAUGGAAAGUUAGUUGCAUGUGGAACACCUUCAGGAGACAUUGUGAUUGUAAAUUCGACAAAUAUGCGGAUUCUGUCAAUGAUUAAAAGGGCUCACCUUGGCAUAGUAACUGCGUUAGCUUUCUCUCAUGAUUCAAGGGUGUUGGCUUCUGUAUCUUUUGAUUCAAGUGCAAGGGUUACUGUAAUUGAGGAGAAGCAGAAAAAUGAAGGAUUGAGCUUAUGGAUUGCUGUACUCUUCAUCAUACUUGCAAUAGCAGCUGCCUACUUCCUGAAACUUCAAGACAUUGACAAGUUAAAGUUAUAUUUUCUUCAAAAUUGAUGUGCAAUGUUAGCUAAAAAGUUUUGUAAGUGGUAACAGCAUAAACUUCGAUUGUGGGGGCUGUAGAUGUCUUUUUAAGUUCACAUGUUCAGUGAUGUAUAACAUAACUCCCUUGUUGAUAGGUAAUAAUAUUAUCAGAAUUAUCACUCACAAUUGUUAAAUUCAGUAAGACUAAAUUGUAAUUUCCAUAAGAAUUAAUAAAAAUUUUGAAAAUUUCAGUGAUAAUUUUAA